AUGGGUGUGAGCUAUGUGAUGCUAUGUAACCCCGAGCUACACCACAAUGCUUACUUAUUGUUGAGUGAUAGUACCAGCGUCUCUGUGAUACCGGGUACUGUCUUUGUGUUUGGCAUUGUGAUGCAUUAUAGGAUGAUAAUGAGCUUUCACCUUGUUUUUUUUAGAGAAACGGAGGUAAUCAACAACACUAAAACCACCCCGUACGCACAAUCCGAGUCUUCAUCAGAUGCACACCCCAACAACAACAAGGCUUUGUCGCUCCUCGUCCAUCAGCAGCCAAUGGUGAUUUCCUACAAAGAGUGCCUCAAAAACCAUGCCGCUAGCUUGGGUGGACAUUCGCUUGAUGGUUGUGGCGAGUUCAUGCCUACCCAAUCGGACCCUGCAUCCUUCAAAUGUGCAGUCUGUGGUUGCCACCGCAACUUCCACCGCCGUGAUCCUUAUGACGGUCCCGGUUUCCUCCAUCACCUGCCACCGCCACCGCUGCCUAACCCUCCUAGCUCAAGUCCAAGCCCAACGAACAGCCCACCCUCACGUGUCCCUUACUCUUACUACUCUUCUGCACCCCACAUGCUGCUGGCCUUGAGAACCGGGUACUCAGGGCCGCCCUUGGAUGAGUGCCACCAUCAGAGGGCUGAAGUCACUGACAAAAACAACAGCACCAACACCCGGAAGAGGGCAAGGACAAAGUUCAGCAAAGAACAGAAAGAAAAGAUGCAUGGUUUUGCAGAGAGGGUUGGUUGGAGGAUUCCAAGGGGAGAGGAAAGGCUGAUAAAAGAGUUCUGCAAUGAAGUGGGAGUGGAUAGAGGGGUUCUCAAGGUCUGGAUGCACAACAACAAGAACACUUUUGGUAAGAAAGACAUGUUAGCUGUCGGUAACCUCAAUCUUGAUUGCAGCAACAACAACAGUACUAGUGGAGACAACAAUGAAGAUGAUAACGGGAACGCCAAUGCUGGAAAUAGUUUUGAUUCCAAUAAUGUCAACCACAACAGCAAUAAGUCUUGUAUUCAGCUUCAUGUUACUAACAAUGGCUCUUCUUCUACAUCUUAAUUUAACCCAAUAAAUUUAUAGAA